GCAGGGAGGAGAAACGCGGAGGUAAGCAUGGCUCGGGACGAGUUGCUGAAGAAGUCUCGCCGAGGCGCUGCUGUGUCGGCAAGACUCGUGAGGACAAUGCCUGCGGCAAGGGCAUCGUCACUUUCGUUUAACCCGUGGGUCGCGCAAAACUGGGGGUUGGUCAUCGCGGCAGCAGCGACAGUGGCCACCGUCGCCUUCUCGCUGGGGACUACGGCAAGCACCUCGAGGUCCGGUGCGAUGACCGGCUCUGCUCGCGUUGGACAGCAGUCUCUCUACGCGUCGCCGAAGAGCCGCGGUGGCAUUUCUGUCGCCCAGACGCACCGACCCUCCUCGGUACGGCCGCAUGGACGUGUGCUGCAAGAGGGGACCCCCACUGUCAUCACCCCCAUUGUCGAGUACGGGACCAAGUUGCAGAUCUUCAUGUGCAAUCCUAGCCUGGAAGUGGAGGGAAACGACGCACACCUGGUGGAUGAGGCGAGUUUGGCCGCAGCACUCAGCAAUAUCAGCGGAAUCAAACAGGCCGAUGAAGGUGACAUCACGGUGACGAUCAAGACGGAGCCGGUGGAUGUGGACGACGUAAGCUACAUGUGCGACACGGACGGCAUGCUGCAGUGGCACGCCCAGGUCGAAUACAGUGCGGCCUACGCCGGCUCGAGAGACACUACGCCGGCCGUACUGGCAGCGCAAGCCAACGACUACGUGGCGUACUCGUCUUCCCAGUUCAAGGCAUUACUGGCCGGAUUCAUCAAUGCUGAGUACGCAGGAGAGGCCGAGACUGUUGAGAUAUCUGCUGACGAUAUCUUGAUCCCCACCGUGGGUUGGAUCGUCACCUUCCCGGCGGAGGAAUCGGUCACGCAGGAGACCCACACCGCUGGCAGUUCAGAUGGGCUUGCGAUGGGGAUUGGGAGUGACAGCAGUUUGUGGGCGUGGUGGGUGUGGCUGAUCUACGCGCUGCUGAUGGCGUGCUGCUUGGUGCCGCUGUGUUGUUGCUUGCGCAGGAGGCGAACGGACGAAAAGGAGGCUGCCAGGGAUCGAUUGAUUGCUACUCGCAAGGGCCGAGGCGAAGAGAGCCUUGCCAAGAUUCGCGGACCGGAGUGGGGCAUCACCGAGCUAGACUUCGAAGGAGACUACGACGCCUACCAAAGCCAGGAGAUGAAGCGCGAGUAUGACGGCGCCGGCAGGGGCGUAGACCCGCCGGCAUACAGACCAUCCCACAGGGCCGGCCAGCAGAGCGUCAGCGCUCAAGCGUGGAUGCAGGAGGCUGGCAAAAAAUCUGCUUGGGCACAGUCUUCCGGCAAUUCGUCACGGCAAGGCGGUGGACAAAGCCCGGUGGUCCGGCGUUUCGACAUCGACGACGACGACGCUGACGAUGGAGUAGGAAAGCUUCGCAGCAAGCACCCCCAGUACAGCUUCGACGUAGGACGGGGAGGAUUCAAUGAUCGUGAUGGCGAAUCGACGUCCUGAUUUUUUGCGAAGCAUUUUUUGAAGGCUUCAAUAAUCGUGAUGGGGGUUCGAAAUCCUGAGUUUUUAGAAGUGUAAUGGUGUGAGUUGUUGGUUGGGCGCAAGGGUGGAGAAGGGGUGGUAGUAUCGAAGAUGGACAAAUUCGGGAUUUGGAAGCGCGUGUUUCUCGAAGACGGUGGUGGCGACGGUAGUGUUCAAUUCAACGUUGAGCAUAUUGCAGGAUCUCGAAUCCCAUCUUGCUUGGAUUGAAUGGACAUAUCCCAUUGUAUACGGAGAGCAGCAUUUUCCCCUGUAAAAACAAAAAACAAUGUUGCGUUCGGUGUUUUGUUCUUUUUUGCUGUUGUUGGUAGGUCGUUAGUUGGCUAGAGUUUAUGUCGUGCAUUUUUUCCAUGUGGUUGACGUUUUUGGGCUGACCUUGCGUCUAUUCUGUGUGUGUGCAGCAGACUUCAUCGCCG